AUGAACACAUCUGUAUGCAGUUUACAACAAACAGUGAAGAAAAAUCCAACUGAUCACCCGAAUCGAGACAACAAUAUGAAUGAACAAAAAGAAGAAAUACUUAAAUCUCUUACCAAUCAUAUCAUUGAUUCAAAUCAACUUUCUGCAAUUAAAAGUAUUCUGGAAAAGUAUGGUUCGUUAUUUGAAACAAGACAUAGGAAGGUAAUCACUCCAAUUCAUCAUGUUAUUGAUACAGAAAAUCAUCCACCCAUCAAUACAAGACCUUACUUUAAGACAAUUCAACAGCGAAGGGAUAUUCAACAAGAGAUCGACAAAAUGUUAAAAAGUGGUAUUAUCGUACCAUCACAUUCACCUUGGUCAUCUCCAGUAAUAUUGCUGAAGAAACCAAAUGGUGAAUUUCGAUUUAUUGUUGAUUAUCGGAGAUUGAAUGCCAUCACCAGAAAAGACUCGUACCCUCAACCGACAACCGAGGAACUUUUACAAAGAUUGGGGGGACAUAAAUGGUUUACGAAAUUGGAUUUGAAAUCUGGUUAUUUUCAGAUCCCGAUUCAAGAUUGUGAUAAAGAGAAAACGGCAUUUUGUACGCAAGACGGUUUAUAUCAAUUCGAGGUAUUAUCAAUGGGUUUAAUGAAUGCUCCACCUACUUUUCAACGUGUAAUGAAUAACAUAAUUGGCUACAAACGUUGGGAUUUCGUUUUGCAAUACCUUGGUGGUCGUGAUGUCACCAUUUUCACCGAUCACAAACCACUUGAACAAUUUCAUAAAAAGAAUCAUUUCAACUGUAAACGAAUAGAUGAAUGGCUUUUAAAACAUCAAGAUAUCAUUCCUCAAAUACUCGAUGUAAAAUACAAAAAAGGAUGUUUACAUGGUGAUGCUGAUGGUUUAUCAAGACCAGACUUUCCUGGACAAAAUGAUGUGUCGUCGUCUAAUAAGAAUGAAGAUUUUUCUCUCAAUGUUGUCACUCGCUCAAUGGCACGUAAAAUAGAGAAUACAAAUCAUUAUGAUAGUUCUCCAGCAUCGACUACAAGCCAGAAGCUGCCAAUUAAGCAUCUGUUAACAACAUUUGAUUUUGGGAUUGAAAGAAUACGUGAAGAACAAAUGAAGGACCCAAACGUUCAACACAUUAUGAAAAAUAUUCAGGAAAAACUUUCAUAUGUAAUGUAUGAUGACAUAGUACAUAAAAUUAUUCCCCCUUCUCGCUUCAGACCUAUUCGUCAAUUGAUUUAUAUUCCAUCAUCCAUGAGAAGAGAAGUGUUGUCUAGUUAUCAUGAUCAUCCUACAGCUGCCCACUUUGGCUCAAGAAGAACAUGGACUAAAUUAAGGGAGCGAUGCUACUGGCCUCAUAUGCGUAAAGAAAUAGAAAAUUAUGUUCAAUCAUGCGAAAAAUGUGCUAAGUAUAAUAUCAAACGAACAAAACCAUCUGGCAAACUGAACCCAAUUCCACCACCUGAAGGACUAAUGGAGUUAAUUGGCAUGGAUUUUUUGGGACCAACAAGACAAGAAUCGAUAAGUGGUAACAAGUCGUGUUGGUUAUAA